ACACAUCUUAGCCAUUCUCCACUUUAAUUCCAACUUAUACAGAGAAGUUAAGUACAAAGCUGAUGGGACUGAGCAGUUGAGGGUGUCAUAUCCAAAGUUCAAAAACGGGGAGGCCACAGUGAGGAAUGUGUGCAUCACCCAAAACUUUGAUUAUGUAGAGGAAUUGUAUGACACCUUCCUGACAAGCAGCAAAGAAGAAAUUAGAAGUGCCAGAGAUGAACUACAAGAAAUGACUCCAUCCCCUAUGAACUCGGUACUUCAAAAGCAGCCUGUUGCUGAAGCCAUUCAAAAAAGACUGGAAAGAAGAAGUAUGGAAGUUGCUGAUACGCCUGCCACUACACCAGCAUUGCAGAACCAAGCACAGGUCCAACAUGAAGUUCCUGCAAAUAGAGCACCCCCGAAGUGCAGACAAUGUCAGCAACCCAUGAAGGGGCAUAACAAAGUUAAAGAUUGUCCAAGAAAUAACAAAACAUAAAUAUUUUUAUUAGCAUGAUAUGUACAGUAAUCAAUUUUUGUUCCAGUUCUUAAUUAACAAAAUAGCAUUAAUUUUCUCAUUUAAUGCACCAUACCAUCAAACAAACUAUUUAAUAGGAAAACCAAAUGCCAAAACUUWGGACCAUUGUGAAAUUAUUGCCUAUUUCAGUAACAUAGAMGCUGGAACCAGAAUGGAAAAUGACAUAGUAAACCUCUGAAUAGUUUGAGAUACACCAGAGACUUUUUGCUGUGCUACUCGUGUACCAUUUCAGUCUAAGGUUCUAUGUUCUGAGUUUUGAAACUGACAUUUUUUACAACCGAUAGUGGGUCCAGUUCGUCAAACUUGUAUAUAAUAUUAUGUAUUUGAUAAAGCUUCAUAAAGCUGUAAAAAGUAUACUUUAUUUUACUGAUUUAUAGUAAAAACAUUCAUCAGUUAAAAAAAGAAAUAAAUAAGAGUAAUUGCAUAAACA